ACGCCAUUGCGCCGAGUCAAUCACUCAUCCAUAAUCUAUAUAUGUUAUGCGAGUGACGUUAACUAGUUGGGGAGAUUGCAGAAACGAUGCAAAAUAUGUGAUAAUUUCGGGCAGCAGUCUUCCGUGCUACUCGUGAACUGUAUAAUCAACCGCAAAUCGUUUAGAUAGCAAGGAAGUGUCUUGAUCUCGCAAGCUAUAUUUAUUCUGUCUCCCACCAUCGCCCUUAAAUGGCAUCCAAGUAUGUGCUACAGUGGCAAUGUUUUGCUGUAACAUAGUCGCUCCACCGUCGUGUGACUAUCCACCCAAAAGCAUCAACUUGACACCGUCCUGUAAUUUUCGUGCGCAGCGGAUAAAAACGAUUACAGACACGCCAAGAGCGCGAUAUAUACAUAUAUACAUGUAUAUUUAUGUAUAUAUAUAUAUAUGUAUGUAUGUAUAUACAUAUAUAUAUAUAUGUAAAUAAAUAUAUAUGCAUAUAUAUAGAUACGUAUACGGCAAGGAAUAGAAAUCUCCUUCACAGCCAUCAUAAUUCGAUAAAAAUCUACAUUUAGACGAUUGCAUUCAUCUGUCGCUACAUUCGUAAAAUGGCUGUGUUUCUAACUAACAUAUGCAAGUUUAACCAGUGCGGGAGAAUUUUCAACAGCCUGACUGAUUUAAUACAUCACAUAGAGAACACGCACAUUGACCACGAAUCGCCAGCUCCCGGAUUCUCGGAAAAAUCGCAGUCCACGUGUCUUCCGCUCAGCUACGUACUACGCUACCACAACGACAACUCCUGUAAGGAUACAGCAUCAUCAUCAGCAUCAACAACGACACCUGCUACCGCUACUGACAAGAACAAACAAGUGGGGAAUGUAACUACGGGUGGAGUCGGUCUUUCUUCAACGUUACCUAGUGCAACUAUCGCUUGCCCGGCCAGUCCGGUCGACUUGGGUGCUAGCAAUGGCGGUUCUGCUGUUGGAGGUGUGAGUCACACCCCGACAAUUGGAGGCUCAAAUGGUCCAACGCUGGCCGUUGAUGGUAUUGCCAAACCAUCGGUAUCCAUAGGAAGCCAAAAUUCUGGCGAUCUCAAGCGCAAAAUAGCGAUUAAGCAUCACAGCUAUAGCAUUUCGUCUUCUAAUCGCAGCACAACCCCUACAGGAAGCGAAAUGGAUGACGAUGAUAUGAUGGGAUCGGAGUCAGAAGACAGCGAUGAUUCUUAUACGACCGAGGAAUUUAGCUCGGAAUUCAUUAUGCGCUAUGGAAGCAGAAGGCACUCAUCUUCGGGAGCUAACGGGAGUACCGUGUCGAACGAGAAGCCAUUUGCCUGUCCAGUCCCAGGCUGCAAGAAGCGCUACAAAAAUGUCAACGGCAUUAAGUACCAUUCUAAGAAUGGUCACAAGAAGGACGGAAACCGCGUAAGAAAAGGCUUCAAGUGCUUUUGUGGGAAGAGCUACAAAACAUCACUUCGCCUGAAAAACCACAAUAUAAUUGCACAUGCACAGGUCGCAUCAAACGAUGGCACGGAUGUUCAACAACCCACCGGCAGUGCACAGAUAUCCUCCGUUAGUGCUACUAAUGGUGGUUCUCUAUCAACAACGUCAACAACGGUGACAGCAAACACUCUUACGUCCACUGUGCUCAAACCGUCUUCGCCCAUCUCAAAUCAUGGCAAUGCUGUGAAAAUUUCUAGUCAAAUUGGUACAAAUGCUAGUCCGGCGGCGGUCACCAUUACGCAGCUAGCACAUAAGCUUCCGCGCACUACAACCAACGCCACAUCCACCAUCACUAGCAGCACAGCUUCUGCCGCAUCGAUAGUAACAACAACGGUAAGCGCUGUCAACACUCCCGAAAUCACUACCAUCACUACAAUUGCAUCUGGUCCGCCCUCCACCUCGACCAUUCACACGGUUGCUACCGGGUCCAGCAUAAAAUAUGAUAAUCUGGGUAUUUUAACCCCUGCCACCUCACCAAAGCUAACUGCCAACAUUUCCAGCGAUGCACAACAGCAGCAACCGUUCAUCCCGGUGACCGUAUCGGUGGCGCAUUCUUCGCCAACGCUACUAGGAAAUUUCAAUGCCACUAACGCACCCUUAACGGGAAACGGUCAGCUAGUAACUGCUGCGAGCGGUUCUUAUGGACUGGGUGGAAAUGGAACAGCUUUUUAUAGCGGGGUUGGAGGAGAUGGUGGCGGUGGUAAUAGUGGAGUCGGGAUUGCCCUUGUUGUUUCAAACGUGGUCGGUGAAUCACUUAAUGGUAGUGGCGGUAGUGGCGGUACGGCAGUACUAUCGGUGUCAACAGCGGCUAGUCAAUUAUACGCCGAAGAGACGUAGCCGAUACUUAAGAAUUUACUGUUGCGAAAGUAUUGACUGGUUGACGGUACCUGUUCUACUAGUUCUAAAAAAAUAUUAAUCUAUAUCUUUAUAUUAUGUAUGCGAUAGCUCCCAAUCGCUAUCCCAACAAGCUGAAAUCGUGGAAUAAUUUAUGAACUUUAUUUGAAAAUACAAAUGUUUGCAAUUUGUUACAUUUUCACACUGAAAAACAAGACCAAUGUGGGGUUGUUUAAAAGAUUUUGUCCUUCUUUCUUAUUCGCAUUCAUAUUUCUAUUUAACAAGUUCAUUUGACAUUUGUGUGGUUGUUUGAAAGAUUUGAAAAAUAUAAAUUUAUUGUGCCAGUGACCACUGAAACAACAAAAAGUUUGAAGUUUACCAGUAAAAAUCGCUGUGCUAAUUGUAUCGCGCACUGGGCGUUUAAGAAUGGCGAAACUCUUUAUUUUAGGGCGUCUGCAGUGUUCAUUGGUCGCUUAAAUCUCAUAACGGCACAGCCCAUAUCACUUGAACAAUGCGGCUCUUUGCACUACUGCAUUCUGUGCAUUCUCUUCACCACAUGAUGUUUUUUUUGCAAUGAGCACUAUUUAAAAUGGGAAAGGAUACAAAACUUAAUUGGUAAUGUGAAGAUUCACGGAAAUCAUUUUAUAUUUUUAUUUUUAUUUUUGGAUUUUUGGUUCUUACGACUGAUCUUAUCAAUUAAAUUGCCAGGCCUCUUAAACUCCUGUAUUCAAAAAUAAAACAAUAAACUGAUACCAAACUCAUUAGAAUAUAGUUCUGCGACCCCGAUCAAAGCGAAAAACCAACAAAAUGUAAACGAAAAGAAUAGAGAAACGAGAAUGGCAGAUAGUAAAAGGAUAAUAUGUAAGAAAAAUAUAAGUAAAGCACAGCUUAAAGAACACAAAAGAAAUGAAUAAGUAUUUAAUGUAGCAAAACA